GCAAUUUGCGCUGAUUGCAACUGCUGCUGAUUUAUUGUCCUUUUCAGUAUUUACUAAUAGUGGCAAGGAUAGAAAGCAAAUCAAUGGUACCAAUAUUUGGUUGAUUGGACGCACGUUGCACCGCAACUUAUGUGCGACUCGGUAAAUUCCGAAUUAAUACCAAAAGCCGAAGAUCUUGAGAUAGCAAGGCUGAACCGGUGAUGGAGCAAUAGUCGAUUUUAAUGAAAAGAGUCGGUUUUUCUCUUGGCAGUUCUGUGUGGAAAAUUGCGGCGCGAUGGAGUUAUAUGCGCUUUUUUCCGCGGUUUUGCUCAUUGUUUCUGUGCAUUUGUGCCAAAGUCAGUUCAAUGGUUUCUUCAGAAGCCUGUUCGGAGCUGAGGAGAACAGCAUAGGCGAAAAUGAGGAUGUUUUGGAGGAGUACGACUUUGUGGUCAUCGGAGCAGGUUCCGGAGGUUCUGUAGUGGCCAAUCGCCUCACAGAAAACCCCUCGUGGUCAGUGCUGCUCUUGGAGGCGGGCAAAGACGAAAUCUUCCUGACCGACGUGCCUCUUUCAGCGCCCAUUCUCUCAAUAACCGGCUACAAUUGGGGCUACAAAAGCCAGAAGCUGACAACGGCCUGCUUGGGGCUGGUGGACCAACGUUGCCAUCUACCAAGAGGAAAAGGACUGGGAGGCACCAGCAUUAUCAACUUUAUGUUGUACACCAGAGGAAAUCGGAGAGACUUUGAUAUGUGGGAGGCGAUGGGCAAUAAAGGCUGGGGCUACAAAGAUGUUCUCUACUACUUCCUGAAGUCGGAAAACUGCACCCUGUGCAGAGACAUUGACGAAAGUUACCACGCAAAGUCUGGCGAUUUGCACGUGGAAAACGCUGGAUUUGAAAGUCCUCUGGUGAAGCUUUUCAUCGAAGCUGGCCAACAAUUAGGAUACAGAAACAACGACCCUAAUGGAGAAUACGGACUAGGAUUUUCCAGAGUCCAGGCUACCAUGAAGGGAGGUCGCAGAUGCAGUGCAGCUAAGGCCUUCCUGCGCCCAGUGGCCCAUCGGACCAACCUGCACAUAUCCAAAGAAAGCCGAGCGACUAAAAUCCUCAUUGACCCCCGAUCCAAACGAGCUUUCGGAGUUGAGUUCAGGAGGAACAAGAAGAACUUCCGGGUCAAGGUGCGAAAAGAGGUAAUUUUGAGCGCAGGCACCAUUAACAGCGCUCAGCUGCUGAUGCUGAGUGGUGUUGGACCAAAGGAGCACUUGGAGAGCAAAGGGAUCGCAGUCCUAUCGGAUCUUCCUGUAGGCUUCAACUUGCAGGACCACAUGGCAAUGUCUGCUGUCCCAUUUCUGGUCAACGAAAGCAUUACAGUUUCAGACCUAACCGUGCAAAAUCCAGUGGAUAUCUACAAUUUCCUAGCCCGAGGGAAAGGACCGUACACGAUUCCUGGAGGAGCUGAGGCCCUAGCCUUUGUUAAGACCAAACUAGCCAAAGACCGAAAUGACGACUAUCCAGACAUAGAGCUGGUUCUAGGGGCUGGAGGACUCAAUGGGGAUGUUUUUGGAGGCUUCCGCGCCCUGCUAGGCAUUCCCCAGAGCACCUUUACGAAAGUCUAUCAGCCUUUGAUUAGUAGACCUUCAUUCAGCAUAGUUCCAGUGCUGUUGAGGCCCAAAAGCCGUGGAAGGGUAUACCUGAAGGACAACAAUUCCUUUCACUGGCCCCUGAUUGAUCCCAACUAUUUCUCGGAAGAAGACGAUCUGGAAACCAUGGUGGAGGGCGUCAAGAUGGCAGUUUCCAUUGCCCAGUCAGCUCCCUUCAAGCGCUACGACACAUCGCUGAGCGAGCUGCCUUUCCCGAAGUGCGAGCAUCUCGCCCUUAACUCGGACGAGUACUGGCGCUGUUCGUUGCGCCAGCUUUGCGCCACUCUUGGCCACCAUGUGGGCACAUGCAAAAUGGGGCCGAAAAGCGACCCAACUGCAGUCGUGGAUGACCAGUUGAGAGUCCAUGGAAUCCAGAAUUUGCGAGUUGUGGAUGGCUCGAUAAUGCCCAAUGUGAUUGCCGGACAUACAAACGCAGUGAUUUUCAUGAUUGGGGAGAAGGCCAGUGAUAUGAUCAAGGAGAGCUGGGCAGGAGAGUAACCAAACAAGCGUUCCAUCGGGAGAGUUGAUGAAAUGAUGCAAACCAGACGGAAAUCUGGAGCAUCCGAGAGACUAAUGGAGAAUUAGCCAAUGUAAAUAUUACUAAGCAUUUUUCGCUGAUAGGACCUUGUAACGUUGCCUAAUGUAAAAAUCCUCGUGCAAAAGAUUAGGCCUAAUUUUAAUAAACACGGUUUCUUCAGCCUAUCGAAUGACCUUUUAUGUUAA